CUUGGACUUGACGAUUUAGGAGUUCAGGACUUGGGACAAAUUUGCCAGCCUUGACCCCGGCUGCGUGAGCAGAGCUUCAAUGCUGAAGAUGGAGCCUCUGAACAGCACACACGCCAGCACCGCAGCCCCCAGCAGCCCCCUGGAGUCCCACGUGCCGGGCAGCGCCACCGGCAACGGCAACGAGUACUUCUACGUUCUGGUGGUCAUGUCCUUCUACGGCAUUUUCUUGAUUGGAAUCAUGCUGGGUUACAUGAACUCCAAGAGGCGGGAGAAGAAAUCCAGCCUCCUGCUGCUGUACAAAGAUGAGGAGAGGCUCUGGGGGGAGGCCAUGAAGCCGCUGCCCACCAUGCCCGGCCUGAGGUCGGUGCAGGUGCCCAUGAUGCUGAACGUGCUGCAGGAGAGCGUGGCGCCCGCCCUGUCCUGCACCCUCUGCUCCAUGGAGGGAGACAGUGUGAGCUCCGAGUCCUCCUCGCCCGACGUGCACCUCACCAUCCAGGAGGAGGGGGCGGACGACGAGCUGGAGGAGACUUCGGAGACCCCCCUCAAUGAAAGCAGCGAAGGGUCCUCGGAGAAUAUCCAUCAGAAUUCCUAGCACCCCUAGGACCUCCGCAGGUGGCCCCAUCAGCCAGCACCGUUAGAGCGAGGGAGGACACUUUUCGUGUCUGGUUUCACUUUUGCAGGGCAACUGCCACUUUCAGGAGACCCUCGGCAAGCCCCUGAAUGGGGGGGCGGGGUGGUAGGGGGCAAGGCUCAGGAGCAGCCAGCAGCAGCCCGCAGCCCAUGACGUGCCUGUGGUGUGGACCUGCCGCUGGAAGAGCCCCGAGGACGUGCAGUGUGCACCUUUCCUUGGGGUCUGGGGGUCGGGUUCCCAUGCGGAAUUCAGCAGGUCAAUGUGCUUGCGGUUGUUUCCUCACGGGAUGCCCUGUGUAACGCCGGCAGCAUCUGCCCACUCCCAGGGCAGCCAGAUGCCUAGGGCAUCCCGAAGGACCAGUUUCGAUUUGCUAAUUUGCCUCGAGCUUUGUUCUUCUAGAUCUGA